AUUGUCAAAACUUUGUUCAACUUUGUUCAGCUUUUGAGUUUCGUAUUCGUACAAAUAAAAAUAAAGUUUUCGCAUUAUAGUUGUGACUAGUGUUUGUGACAUAUAAAAAGGAGAAUUUAAUUAUUACUGUCACGAGAUAUAAUUUUAUACAUAAACACUUUAAUAUAGUCGGCUUUGCAAUACGCUUUUCUUUAAUAUAUAUCUAAAAAUUAUAACGUAAACUGAUAAAGAGUGGUGUCUCCUUGUUGUUAUUGCUUGUAGUUGCCAUUGAGAAAUCAAUGGUAGCUGCAGCCUGCUUUCCUGUUACAGUUAUAUACUAUUUGAGCUUUUCUAUCUCCAUAAUAUUUGAUUAAAUAACUUAGAAAUUAUAUCUAUCUACAAUUAUAGCAAGAACUUAAAAUAUAGCAGAGCUCCACUCUACUACUAGUGAUAGUGAUAAAUGAUGUUUGCAGCGACUCGAAGUAUUAUGGUAAUAAAAUUAAAUUAUCUACCGGAUUUACGGUUUUGUCAUGUUACAAAGAUAUUGACAUUUGCAUCCUAUAGUACUGCGAGUCGCAGAAAUAAAAUAUUUAAUAAUAUAAAUGAUGCUGUAAAAGAUAUUGAAGAUGGAUCAAAACUUUUGGUUGGUGGAUUCGGACUUUGUGGAAUUCCAGAAAAUCUUAUUCAAGCUAUUAAUAAACGGAAUGUAAAGAAUUUAACUGUUGUUUCUAAUAAUGCAGGUGUGGAAGAUUUUGGCCUAGGUAUAUUGUUGAAAAAUAAACAGAUUAAGAGAAUGAUUGCAUCAUAUGUAGGAGAAAAUGCUGAAUUUGAAAGACAGUUUUUGAGUGGAGAAUUAGAGGUGGAACUUACUCCUCAAGGGACAUUAGCAGAAAAAAUUCGUGCUGGUGGGGCUGGUAUCCCAGCAUUUUUUACACCUACAGGCUAUGGUACAUUAAUACAUGAAGGUGGUUCACCAAUUAAGUACACUAAAGAUGGCAAAAUUGAUAUUCCUAGUUACCCGCGAUUGGUGCAAAAUUUUAAUGGUAAAGACUUUAUUAUGGAGGAGGCAAUAACCGGAGAUUUUGCUUUAGUUAAAGCGUGGAAAGCAGACAAAUAUGGAAAUCUAAUAUUUAGAAAAAGUGCCCGUAACUUUAAUCCAGCAAUGUGUAGAGCGGCUAAAGUUACAAUUGCUGAAGUAGAAGAAAUUGUUGAUGAGAUUAAUCCUGAUUUUGUGCAUAUACCAUCUAUUUAUGUGCAUAGGGUUAUCAAAGGUGAUAAAUAUGAGAAACGUAUUGAAAGAAGAACAGUAACUAAACAAAUUGUACACAAAGAGAAGAAAUCAUCGGACAUAAUGAGAGAAAAAAUAAUAAGAAGAGCUGCUUUAGAGUUUAAAGAUGGAAUGCAUGCUAAUCUUGGAAUUGGAAUGCCCAUGCUUGCCAGCAAUUAUAUUCCAAAAAAUGUAAAAGUUUUUUUGCAAUCAGAAAAUGGUAUUCUUGGUCUUGGUCCCUUCCCAACAGAAGAAGAAGUUGAUGCUGACCUUAUUAAUGCAGGCAAGGAAACUGUUACAGUCCUUCCUGGUGCAUCGUUCUUUUCAUCAGACGACAGUUUCGCGAUGAUACGUGGGGGACAUAUUGAUCUUACCAUACUUGGUGCAAUGCAAGUAUCACAAUAUGGUGACUUGGCGAAUUGGAUGAUUCCUGGAAAAAUGGUAAAAGGAAUGGGUGGUGCAAUGGACUUAGUUUCAGCACCAAGGACAAAGGUCGUGGUUACUAUGGAGCACACCGCUAAAAAUGGCGCUCACAAAAUCCUUCCAGAGUGUUCGUUGCCUCUGACGGGCAAAAAUUGCGUUGACAUGAUUAUUACGGAAAAGUGCGUUUUUGAAGUUGACAAAGAGAAAGGACUUAUUCUAACCGAACUAGCGGAUGGUGUAACAGUGGAGGACGUUUUAGUAAGCACAGGAUGCGAGUUUACAGUUGCUCCUAAGCUAAAGAAAAUGGGCGAUGUUACAGAACUUGACGAAAUGAAACAAUAAGGAAUAAGGAAGAAGGGAAAUUAUUUUAAACAGGAAUAACACUAGUCUAAAUAUUUUUAUACUAUAAGAGUUAUCACAUUAUAUUACAAUCGUAUUUUUUGAUUGAUUUUUAAACUUUUACAAAUGUUUAUUCGUAUAUCUGUUAUAUUAUUAUUGAUUUUUAAUUUUUUAAUCUGUUAACAAAUAAGUGAAAUAAAUCGAUCUGGACCGUUAUAUUUGUAUAUUUUUGAGAACUUUUAAACCUUUAGGCUCUGCCAAUAAAUGUUUGUAUCAUGUGCUACAGAUUGAGAUAGUAAUAGC